GCUGUGUGCACGCGAGCGGCCUCCAGGAUGAGAGGUGACGCCGCUGGCGGACACCACGGCCUGCAGGUGACCCCCAGGCGAGAGCCAGGGUGCGGCCGCCCUCGCCUGCGCCUCUGCCUCCCCCGCAGUCAGACGGGCUCCUGGCCUGUCCCCAGCCACAAGUACCCCCACAGCGGCCCCUGUUGGUCUCGCCUUAUGCAUGGUCCCUGCCUGGGGCCUCCAACGUCUUUUCGUCAUUACCACCAAUCGAGUAAACUGCUACCACGCGUCCAGGCCUAACUGUAUAGCAGGGGUUCCCAACCUCGGGAUCGGACCAGUCCCGGGAGGUGGCCUGUUAGGAGCCUGUCGGCACAGGCCGAGGUGAGCGGCCACCGAGCCUCUCCCCAGUGCUAGCGUCACCGCCUCAGCUCCACCUCAUCAAGCAUUAGAUUCUCAUAGGAGGACCCGACUCUGGUGCCAAAAAGGUUGGGGACCGCUGCUCUAUAGGGUACAUAUAAGGAUUCCUGAGAAACCGAGGCUGCAUGGUGACUGACUCCUCUUGUCCAGGUCACAGCACAAUGCAUCUGCAGAGCUGAGCCUUCCCUGCCUCCCAGGCCUGCCCUUCCCGUGCUCAGUGGCUGUCUGGCUGGCCGUGGCUUCCUCAAACAACUCUCCCCUAAACCCCUGGAGCCUUCACCCCUCCCCCACAAUUGGUGCUGAUGUUGGGAGGGCCCCAGCCAAUCACUUUUUCUGCUGUGUGACCUGGAGCAAGUUAAUUCCCUUUCCUUGCCUUCUUUUUUUUCAUCUGUAAGAUGGGUGUUCUGAGCAUCAGCAGGUAGUAUUCCAGGGCUAGCGAGGGGAGACAGGCCUUGCACCAGGACACCCAGAGCUCUGCUUACUCCAGGGCCAGGUGGGGCACAAGGUGGGGCACACUUGAUCACCAGCAAUACCCUGUGGUCAGCAUCAAGUGCCAAAUAGACUCCCCGGAAUAAGAGAUGCUAGUGCGAGGAUGUUGGAUUUGGACCUAGAGCUACCCGCUCCAGCAACGGGGCAUCAAUUACAGCGCCUUCCGCUCUUCAGACUCUCCUGGGAGGGGACCAGCCUUUGAUGCCCUUCUUAUUUUCCAUGUGGGAAAAACAGAUCUCCAGUGUCAGGGCCCCACAACACGGGCAGGUGGAGACCUUCUGAAGAUGCCCAGAGGCAUUUGGGAGGUGAGAUCAUCACAAGGCUGGGGCAGAAGCUGGUCUCUCAGGUCACAGUGGCCAUGGGAGUUGGGUGGGAGCUGGACCUCUUUUUUGAUGGGAAAGGAGGGACUGCUUCAAGAAGCCAGGGCAGUUAGGGGCUAGGAGAGAGGCGAGUAUGGCCACAUGGCAGACGGAGUGACGCCCUCCACGUGAUAUUUCAGAAUGAGACCCCUCCCACUUCCUUCCCCCAGAAAUUCCUCCCUCAUCUUCGGAGCAGGGAAACCUGGCCUGUACCAUGUGCCUGCCAUGUGACCCUGGCCAAUUCCCAUCCCUCCGAAGGGCUCUCCCUGCGAAGUAGGCUAACCCUGCAGCUCUGCAGGGCUGUUGGAGAGUCGGAUGACAUCAUGUCGUGGUUGGCCAACUGCAGAGCGCAUCAUAACUACAACAAACAUUCCACGAGGACUUCUUGGUGCCGGGGGUGCCAGGGAAAAGGGUGAUUCAGAACACACGCACACACCCGCCCCGAGGAGGAGGAGUUAGGGUUGGGGGAGGAUCGGACGGUGGGAAGGGAAGAGAAUGUAGUCGGAAAACAAAGCAAGCUUUGUUUUAUUGCCUUCUUUGUUUUUAUCUUGUUAUCUAACCUAUUUUGAAUUUCAAAUAACAGUCAAAGGGAAGUAUUGAGAUUUUUACGCUUGGAGGUGGCAGCAAUUUUUUUUUUUUUUUUUAAGUCGAGACUCAGAUCUAGGUGUUCUCUUAAUGAUUAUUAUCAGCUGAGGUCCCAGGCCUGUGGAGGUGAGUGACUUGCCCAAGGUCACGUGGUGAGGCCACCAAAUCCCCCACUCGGAAGGUGGCAAAGGGUGAUCCUUUAGCAUGAAGUUAUCCUGUGGCAUGCGGAUCUCCUGAUUAAACCGGUAUUGAUUUGGCACUUGCCACGCCGAGUGCAAAGCCCAGGCUGGGUGCUGGGAAGGAGGAAGGCAAGAAAAUCCAGGUGGCAGCCCCACCCUCGGAGUGUUUCGCCGAUCUGGGGAAACAAGACUGGGCUCCAGGAGCCAGUCAAGAGCUGUGUGAGUCAGAGGCUCUGAGUUCAAGUCUCGACUAGUUCUCUUGAUGUGACCUUGAGCAAGCUUGGACCUUCUCUGGGCCACAGGAAAACCAGAGGUUAGACCAUAAGCCCAUAGGUGUCCUUCAGCCUACACUUUCUAAGAUACUAGAAGAGAUAGGGUCAGACCAAGAGAAGCCUAAAGAAGAUCAGGGCCGUGGGGAGAUCGGGAGGGGCGGGAGUGGGCAAGAAAUAGCUUUUGGCACCAGCUGAGCUUUUUCCAAAACUUGUUCCCUGACGACAAGACUCCUAUGUACUGGGACGAACUAUGGGGAAUAUGCUCAGGCAUAAGGAGGCAUCUGGAAAAAGCCACUUUCGACCACAGGAUCCUUUUUCCAGGAAGCACCUUGAAGGCGGAGGGCUCUGAGGAACCUCUGUUGGGCUGUUUACACAGGCUUUCACAAAGCCUUUCCUGGGCACCGCCUCCCUCCUAGCCACUGAGUCGAGACAAUUUAACCCAUGGAGAAGGGAGGUGACUUGCAGGAGGCCAUGUAGGUUGGGACUCAAGGGAUCUGGAUUUGAGGGGCCCCGUUUCGCCAUUUUCUCCUGUGUAGCCUCAGGCAAGUCACUUUAGUUCUUUGUUACCUCUGUGUCCCCCUUCUAAUAUAGUUCCUCCCUCAGGGCUGUCGUGUGGGUUAACUGAGUGAUGAGCAUAAGUCAUUGGCACUUUGGAGUUUCAUAAAGGGCCCUGUACAAUUACCAUCCACAUCUUAAAUGUACAGCUCGAUGAAUUUUUUGUGCCCAGUCAAUACCCACUCAAAGGCAACCCCUAUUCUGAUUUCUAUCACCAUUGUUUAGUUUUGCCCAUUCUUAAAUGUCCUAUACAUGGAGUCACACAGUGUGUCCUCCUUUGUGCAUCCGCUCAGCGUUUUGUCGGUGAUCCCCACCCCUGCUGUUGGCUGUCACCGUGUGUCCUCUGUAGCUAUUUUUAUUUGGACUGAGGAUCCCCCAGGCCCGCCAUCACUCUUCUCUCUGUCUGUCUUUCAGGUCUACACCCUGUCGCGUUCGAGGCCCGUCUUAUGCCUCCUUUGUUCUUCAAUAGAACAUCUACUGCUGCUUCCACAGGUCCAGGAGCCAGGCCUCAGGGACGGACAAGCCAUGGACCCCUCACGGUCUCAGCAUUUGGGGGCAGCACCUUAGGAGAACAGAGGGACAGCCUCCGUCCACCCCCUUACACUGAGAAGAAAGGAGCUGAGACAUAAACCCUGAUCCCAGCCCACCGCCCACCCCAGGCCCCAGGUAGGCAUGGACCAGCAGCUGUGAACAGCCGGAGCCGAUGCCAGGCCCCCAGGAGGCCAGAAGAGCCCCUGCCAUGAGCCUGGGCAAGCUCUCACCGGUGGGCUGGGUGUCCAGCUCACAGGGGAAGAGGCGGCUGACUGCAGACAUGAUCAGCCCCCCACUCGGGGACUUCCGCCACACUAUGCAUGUGGGCCGUGGCGGGGACGUCUUUGGCGACACCUCCUUCCUCAGCAACCAUGGUGGCAACUCCGGGGGCACCCACCGCUCGCCCCGCAGCUUCUUGGCCAAGAAGCUACAGCAGGUGCGCAGAGUAGGGGUGCCACCCAGGCGGAUAGCUUCCCCGCAGGCAUCCUCACCUGCUCCACCUGCCAUCUCCCCCAUCAUCAAGAACGCCAUCUCCCUGCCCCAGCUCAACCAGGCCACCUACGACAGCCUUGUGGUGAGCAAGAUCAGCUUCGACAGCAGCCAUGCUGGCUCCACGGACGGCCACUCCACUUACGGCCCAGACUCCGGGUUUUGCACCAUCUCUCGCCUGCCUCGCCCAGAAAAGCCUCGUGACCGAGACCCAGACCGUGAUAGCUCCUUCCCCUCUGAGCCUGAGCUCCGACGCUCUGACUCCCUCCUGUCCUUCCGCCUGGACCUCGACCUUGGGCCCUCUCUCCUGAGCGAGCUGCUGGGGGUCAUGAGUCUCUCAGAAGCCCCUGCAGCUGAGACCCCAGCCCCAGCCUCUGCUGCAACGCCCCCAGCCUCAGCCCCUGCAGCAAACCCCCCAGCCCCUGCCCCAAGCCCUCUACCCCGUGGACGCUACCCUAAUGGGGUGACCGCUGGGUUGGGCCCAGUGGCUGAGGUGAGGGUCAACCCAGUGGGAGAGUGUCCUCGUGCACCUGCUGCCGUGGCCCCUGGAAGGCACUGGGGAGCAGGCUGCGGUGGCAGCUGGGACAACUGCCACGACACCGAGAUAGAUGCUCAGCGGGAGCUGGCGAAGGUGCCACCCCAGGCUCGGGCCUCUUGGGAGAGCCUGGAUGAAGAGUGGGGGGCACCCCAGGCAGGCAGCAGGGCCCCCGUGCCCAGCUCGGUGCAGACAAACACCUUUGAGUUUGCUGACGCUGAGGAGGACGACGAGGUCAAGGUGUGAGUGGCCGAGCACGGGCUCGGGAAGCUGCCAGGCCUCGGGCCACUUUCCAAGAGCCCAGAUACAGAGCCAGUCCCUCGCCUGACAGCUAGGUGCUGGCAACGACAGAUGGGAGGACCCAAGUUGCCCCCAAACCCUUCCGCGCCUCUGCAGGACAGACAUGGGAGGGAGGCCAGGCUCGUUUUGGGACCUGGGUGUUCUGGAGAGCCCUGCCAGGCUGACCUGCCUCCCCCUGCUGCCACUCUGGACCCUGUGGCCAUUCCUUUAGCCCUGCCCCCAGUGGCUGGAAGGCCUGGCCUCACAGUGCUGCCUUUGUGCUGGGGAGCUGUCCUUGCUGGGUGGGGGGUAGGGAGCAUACCACACAGGGCCUUUGUCUCUUUGCAAAGGGACCGCCUGUCAUCCUGGAGCUGCCCCCAGCAGGGUCCCUCUGCAUCCUUGAGCCCUAGCCCUCGCUAAGGCUGCUUCCCCAAUGUUCCAACCUGAACCCCUACUUGUCCCAGAAACCUCAGAGAAAAAUCAGGGGUAACCUCCCCGCUUCCUGCGCACCCCAGAUCUGCCUCUGAGUCCUGAUUAAAAAAGCUUUUUUUGAUAAAA